AUGCCCAGCUACCCCUCGUCGCGGCCGGAGCCCGUGCAAGGCCUCAACCACUCAUACUACAAUCCAGACGAGACCUUCGAUCCAUAUCAAGACCCUUCGUCGUCUCGUCCUCGAUCCGAAAAAGGCCGCCGACCCCCGUCUCCCGCCUACUCGCCCGACGACGACCGCAAAUCCCGGCGCAGCAGCCGUCGCAACCCGUCACCAGGCUAUGGAGAUGCAAAUGCGAAGCCAUCCGGCAGCCGUCGACAUCCAAACCCGCCGCCCUUUUCUGCGCCCUCUCCUCCGCCUCAGCGAGACCCUCGCUCAUCCCGCCGUGACCGUGACACUUAUCCGCCGAGAGACUCACCGAGAGAUUCGCAGCGAGAUUCACACCGAGAUUCGCGCCCCCGAGAUGCUGACCGGCGCUCACGAGACUACCCCCCUCCCCCGUCAGAUCCACGUGAGCGGCGUCACAGGUCCUCGCGCCGUGAGCCAUCUCCAGAACCCCCACGCCGGUCUCGAUAUGACUCUCCAGACCCCAAGAGCCGCUCUUCACGCGGCUACCCGACACCCUCGUCCGAUGACCGAAACAGCAGGGACCCUCGUUCCUCUCGCCGGUCCCAUGGAGGAGUAGAAUCGUCACCACCCCAAAAGUCAUCACGCUCUCGCGGCGAUGAUGACAGAAGAGAUGACCGGGAGCGACGACAUCGUUCACAGCCUCGCGAUACGGAUGCCGGUCACGGCUCAAGUCGCAGCCGGGACCUGGAACGAACCCGGGAUAAGGACCGGGACCGGGACCGGGAUCGAGGCCAUGAUCGCGGCGGUCGUGACCGUGAUCGCGCAGCACCCAGCAGCGGCCGCUCCUCACUCAAGCGCCGCAACACCAUGCCCGCAGUGGCCAGUUCUGGCCUCAAGCUUAAAGGCGGCACUUCCUGGUGGAAGAACCCAGUGGUUCAGGCCGGCGCUCGCACCGCUCUGGCUGCUGGUGCCCAGGCCAUUAUGCAGAACCGCAAAGAAGCCGGUCCUUGGCUGGGCGCAAAGGGAGCCAAGGUCGCCACGGCUGCUCUGACGGCUGCCUUGGCUGAUGGACUGGCUGGCGGCGGCAAGAAGCGUUGA